AUGUUGAGUGAAGUUGUCGUAGCAUCUACUGCAGGUAGCAGUGUACAUGGUAGCGGUGGUGUACACAUAUAUGAUGCACUCACCGGUAGUUCCUUGCAUUCUUUCAAAGGUUCAAGUGGGAUAUCUGCUGGAUGUUCUGUCGUGCUGAGUACAAAACUGGUCGGUGGGAUAGUAGCAACACCACAAUCUGAUAAAGGUGUUUUGAACGUUUAUUCCUGGCAAAAAGAGCAACUGCAUAGUAAAAUUAUCCUUCCGCAGAAACUCACGGCCUGGUGCGUAUCACCUGAUAACUCAUUCUGCGCUGGUGGUACAGAUGAUGGUAGAGUGUUUUUAUGGGAAAUAAGUUCAGGCGUAUUGUUUGCAAGCUUUGAUGCACAUUAUCGUCGUAUAAAUAAGCUCGAAUUUGAUGAGAAAACGAGCGUCUUGGUUAGCAUUUCAGACGACGCGUCUGUGAACGUCUGGCUAGUAUCUAGACUCCUAGAUGAAGACUUACAAGGACAGCUCCCCGUGCCAUAUUGCACAUACACCGACCACACUUUACCAGUAAAGGAUCUUUAUGUCGGAUUGGGAGAAUUCCCUGAUGCGAGAAUAUACACGAGCUCACUCGACCAGACUGUAAAGAUAUGGUCACUCAAAACACGCUCACUAAUCUCGACAAUUGAAUUCCCAACAGCAUUAACAUCAUUAGCCGUGGACAAGUUAGAGCGUAGGCUCUAUGUGGCCUCAAACAAUCAAAUUUACAGAGCAGAUUUGCAUGAGAGACAAACAUCCUUGAGGGCUGGCGACGAUGAUACACAUGAGCGUGUUAUAAAAUUACCAAGAGAGACAAGCAUAACGACAUUAAGCUUUAGUGUAUCUGCAAACACAGUCUACCUCGGUUGUCAGGAUGGUUUGAUAGAGUGCUACGACGUGAGAUCACACCAGCAUCUCAGAACCAUGGGUAAUGGCAAAAACGCACUUGCAGAUAUUAAAUCCAUCAUCAAGCCUAUUGACCUGGGUGGUGUUUCUUCGGCUACAGCCAUUUCAGCGAAUGUAACAGGAUCAACAGCUGCAGCAUCGUCUGCUUUACCACCUAUUUUACCUUUCGGUAACCUCAAGAAGACAAUUGGUGAUUCUGAUCGCGACAAUCAUUCUGUCCAAAUUCGUACUGGUGUCAAAUCAGUCACUGAUGGAUUCUUUGAUACACUCUUUGACGAGACAAGCGAUGAAGUGAUUGUUAAACAAUCAGCAGAAAGUAAACCAGUAGAGAAAGAUGACGGACGUGUCAAGAAACUCAAAGAGGAGCUCCAAGAAUCUAAGGUAGCUCUUGAGAAAGCGAACAAGAUCAACGAAGAAAUGUGGGAUGCAGUCAACAAACUAAAAAGCAAGAACACAGAGGGCACGAACAAGAGACAAAAGAAGUAG